AUGUUGGCUGACUUGUUGGAGAAGCAAAUUGAUAAGGUUGGGAAGGAACACGUGGUGCAUAUUGUCACUGACAAUGGAGCCAACUUCAAGGCAGCAGGGAGGCUUUUAAUGGAGAGGAUCCCACAUCUAUUUUGGACACCAUGUGCAGCCCAUUGCUUGGAUUUGUUGUUGGAGGAUAUUGGGAAGAUCAAGGAAUUCCACACUUGCAUCAACAUGGCACAGAAGAUUGGAGAUCUUGUGAGGCCAGCUGUAACUCGCUUUGCCACUUCAUUUCUCACAUUGGCAAGCCUGCAUAAGAACAGGAGUGGAUUGAGGAAUUUAGUGGUUAGUGAUGAAUGGCAUGCUACCAGUUUCUCUACCACUCAAGAAGGCCGGCGAGUUGAGAACAUUAUCCUUUCAAUGCCAUUUUGGAAUAAAGUGGAAUUAUGCCUAAGAGCUUCACAACCACUUCUUGUAGCUCUAAGGAUAGCAGAUGGAGAUGAGACACCAGCAGCUCCUGAGAUUAUGGCAGCCAUGGAUGUUGCAAAGGCCGCAAUCAAGGAUUCUUUGCAACGCAAACCAGAUUUACUCAAAGAGGUACUAAAAUACUAUGAUAACAGAUGGGAAAACCAAAUGGAGCAGCAGUUGUAUGGAGCAGCCCUAUACUUGAACCCAAGCAAGUUCUUUGCCCUAAAGGAAAAGGAUAGGAGACAAGCAGGAAGGCUGAGAAUCAUGUUUAAUCAAGUUAUGUGGAAGAUGGUGACUGAUGAUGAGGAGCAGAACAAGAUAAGCAAGUAG